AUGGGUUGCGCCAGAAUUUUCGCCGCAUUACGCCGCUGCAAGCAGCUGGAGGAGGGAGAGAUUACGACCCAGCUGUCCAGGUGCCUCGGUCUCCUAGACCUAACGGCCCUGGGUGUGGGCAGCACCCUCGGUCUGGGUGUCUAUGUACUGGCCGGUGCGGUCGCUAAGACCGUUGCAGGUCCAGCAGUAACCCUGAGCUUUCUUGUUGCAGCUAUUGCCUCUGCGUUUGCAGGUUUAUGCUACGCCGAAUUCGCGUCAAGAGUUCCAAAAGCCGGCUCCGCGUACGUAUACAGCUAUGUGAGUGUCGGUGAAUUCAUAGCGUUCACGAUCGGCUGGAACCUCAUCCUGGAGUACGUCAUAGGGACGGCCAGCGUGGCGAAGGGCAUGGCCAAUUAUAUAGACAGUCUCUGUAACAACACCAUGGCUGAAACCAUGACCCGCAUCGCUCCUAUAAACGUCUCUUUUCUAGCGGACUAUCCGGACAUAUUCGCGUUUGCACUCGUACUGCUUAUAACCAUUCUCCUCGGUAUUGGAGUGAGUGAGUCAACUAAACUGAACAAUGUAUUCACCGCACUCAACAUGGUUACAGUCAUAAUCGUCGUAGUUGCGGGUGCUAUUAAAAGUGACCCGGCCAACUGGCGCAUAGAUGUCCAGGAAAUACCAGAAGAAUAUCGCGACAAGGCCGGUAAUGGAGGGUUCAUGCCGUGGGGUAUGGCCGGAGUCAUGGCUGGAGCGGCGAAGUGCUUCUUCGGCUUCGUAGGCUUUGACUGCGUGGCGACAACCGGUGAAGAAGCAAAAAACCCCAAAAGAGACAUCCCACUCUCCAUAGUCUUGUCCCUCGUGAUCAUUUUCGCAUCAUACUUCAGUAUCGCCACCGUGUUAACUAUGAUGUGGCCUUACUAUUUGCAGGACGCCGACGCUCCAUUCCCUCACGUGUUCGCUGAGUCCGGGAUGCCGGUCAUCAAAUGGAUUGUAACUAUAGGAGCUGUGUUCGCUCUCUGCACAAGUCUUUUAGGUGCAAUGUUUCCAUUACCAAGAGUUCUAUACGCCAUGGGCUCAGACGGAGUUCUGUUUAAGCCGCUAGCUGUUAUUCACAAGAGAACCAAAACGCCGUUGCUGGCGACCGCGCUGAGUGGACUAUUUUCAGCUGUGAUGGCAGCGAUCUUCAACCUGAACCAGCUGAUAGAUAUGAUGUCUAUCGGGACGUUACUGGCGUAUACAAUUGUUGCAACAAGCGUAUUAAUUCUAAGAUAUGAAGAGGAGCAUCCGUUGACGGUUAAAGACAAAUCAUUAAGAGUAGGUGGACCACGAGCGACGAUCCUGCAGACUUGCAACUUGCUGGGUCUCAAACACCCCACAGAACUGUCUGCUACCAUCGCCAAGUGUACCAUCGGGAUAUUUUUCGUGUGUAUGUUGGUGUGUUGUGUCGUGAUGCAAUGGUCUACAAGUGUGGCGGUGUGGAGCGCGAUAGGGGCCGUCCUGCUGGUGCUGCUCAUAGUACUUUACAGGCAGCCUCGAGCUGACGUCACGAAACUCAGCUUCAAGGUGCCGCUGGUGCCGCUAGUUCCUUACCUCAGCGUGUGUAUGAACUUGUACCUCAUGGCACAACUCGACUACCAAACUUGGGUCCGCUUCAUCAUAUGGUUGGUUAUAGGCUACGCUAUUUACUUCUUCUAUGGUCUUCGUAACAGUAUCUUGAGAGAGAAGGAGCUGCCAGUCAUGAAUGGAAACGGAAUCCAUGUAAAACAAAUCGUCACCAAAUUUUGA